UGGCUCGAUGGAGAAAAACGACGUCUUUUCCACUGUCAAACAUCACUAUAAGGAUUUCUUUCUACUGGCUUAGAGGGCACUGCAGCAUUAAUUAGUCUUUAUUCUUUCACUUACCUCUUUAUUUCUUUCUACCGACUUGUGUUUGACGAUCAAAAACUCGGUGGGAUAAGAGGCAUCAAUGCCAGCUACGGUGUGAAGAAGAGACGUGAGUGAGGGUUGAUUUGAAGCUCUAUCAGCCCUGUUAGGCUUUACAUAUACUGAGACAACUGUUCGUCUCCACCACACCUUUGACGGACGUGUUUCUGCGGAAGCCUGAGGCUCUUGAGGAUGCUUUUGACUCCCUAAAGUUGAGCCCCAAAGACAUUGUCAUAGAUAAGAAAGACACCAGAAAGGAAAUGAGUUUGAAGCUUCUGAUCAACAAAUCCAAUAACAGGGUGGUGUACGCAGAGGCCACAAUUGACUUUUUGGACCUUCUAAUCAGCUUCCUCACCUUCCCUCUUGGAUCCGUAGUAAAGCUCUUGGGCCCAGGUUCUUCUAUCGGAUGUUUGGAUAAUUUGCACAAAAGCGUGGAGGAUUUGAGUGGUGGCGACGAUUGUAUCAUAUCGGAGGAUUGCAGGGCCAUGCUACUAGACCCCAAGCUAUCGCCACAUUCAGGGUGUGACUCCCAACUACUGCCGGUCGUGGAGGCAGGUCUUAAGACAAUCAACAGUUCUAUGUUUAGUCGUUGUUUUUACUGUGGCAUGAAAAAUGGCCACUACAAUCCAAACUGCCCUGGUGUCACGAACCGAGAACUGCAUUUCAUAAAUCCAAAGGUGAGUGGUGGAGCCACAGAGUGUGGAGGAGGAUUUGUGAAGGGACCAAAUAUGAAGUUUAUGGUAACGGACGGGUUGGAUGUGAAGCCUCUAUCGUUUAUUUCGGGCAUUCCCAUCCUUGACAGAUUCAAUGUGCCCAACGAUGUACAGAAGCGAGUAGUAAGCGUGGGCGUGGAAGAGGCUCUCUCUCUCCUUAAGGCUUCUUUGUCCUCCAAGACCGUUCUGAGCGAUGUCUUCUGUCAGAAGAAUGCAAAUCAAUCUGAAAUCAAAUUGGAACGCAAAUGACAGUAUCAAUUAUAUGGCUAGGAUUGUCUUAUUUUGAACCAUGCCUUACUAUGACAUGGAGGAGUAUAUCCGCUAUCUUUUCUUGUUAUAAAAACUUGGAUUUGUAACUGAUAUAUGUGUGCUUGAGGUUUGCUAGAACACAUCCCUAUGUAUUUGAGACUAGUAAUUCUGAUGUUCCCAAACUUAGAUUAGUCA